CUCGGCCUUAACCUUCCUUGGCUCCCCUAAAUUUGGCUGGACCACACCGGCUCGACCCUGUCCCGCAUCUUAGUGUCACCAGCCACACGGACGAGGGCCUCACGAGCCACGUUCUAUAAUUGGAGGGAGGGCCUGCUUUUGUCGUCGUGAUCGGGCUGUUAAUAGACAUCGGAGGAAGCAGACACUAUCAGGUGAGGGGACCACCAGCUCUUCCCUUCUCAGUCCUGCGCACGCGUGGCACCCGGGAGUAUAUAUAUACCUACCCCAUUCCCCUUCAUGCCGAGACAUCUGAGAAAGUAUUGCAUAUAACCAAGCGCAUUUCGGACUACUUUGCGCACUCCAACCAUCUUAUCUAUCGCCAAGAUCUCCAGUUGCGCAUUGCGCUCAGACAAGGCUUCACUACAUUCUUUGUCAACUUUCUAGCGCAUAUCCCAAAAGCGCCUCUGAGACGUCCAGUGCCCUAGAGGCUGCCAGCAAUGUGUCUCGUCAGAGUUUACAAGGAGGACGACCCCGUUGAGCCACCCCGGAUAUACGUCCGUCGUCGCGAAUCGGUCUCCCAUUCGAGGCGCACCUCUCAGGUCAUCAUCCAGCCAACCACCACAUCCCGCCAGUCGAUCACGCGCAUUACCUCAGUCGAGCGUGCGCCACGCCCUGUAGAAUACGUCGAAGGGUACCCGGGCCCCAACCCGGACCCGGGAAACUUCCCAAUGAUAGUGCAGGCGCCGACGCCCAAUCGCAGUCCGAGGAACAGCCCGCGCACAAGCCAUACACACGUUGUGGUGUAUGAAGGCAGCCCGCGCAACAGCCGCACGAGCGUGACGAGCCGACAGAGCGUGCGGCAGGGGAGCCUGAGGAGCCAGAGGAGCCAGCGCUCGCGACAGGAUGGUCGGCGACACAGCCGGAAUAAUAGCGGGGAGAUAUUCAUCGUCAACCCGCCCGUGCGCGAGCGCAGUCGCAGCCCUGCCGUUGAGACAAGGGGGAGGGCGGAUAGCUACGCGGUGAGACAUGUUAGUGUGGGGGGGGAGUCGAGGGAUCCGAGCAGAGAGCCGAGUCGGGAGCGGAGGAGCAACCUCACCACGCCGCUGUCGCCUUUGGAGGUGGAUAAGGUGCAGCGUGGGCUGGAGGCUUCGAGAGAUACGAUGAAUGUUGAAGACACUGGAGGACCGAGAGAGAGUGCUUGUUGAAGAGGAUGGGAGGCGGAAAGAGUUUUACAAGACAAAGAGUUUAAGCCCAUGAGGAAUGGACGGGAGCGACACAUGGGGAAGUUUAUUUUUUGAUAUAUAGCAUUGUCAUACCCAGCAGCAUUUGUACUA